CAAAGAGUGUUGUCGUCACCGGUCAGAGCAGAGGAUCCACUCCGGAGGAGGACCAGUCCGAGGCAGAGGCUGAUCCGAAGAUGUGAAGACAAACCCGGCGUUUCCCCAGCAGCUUCUCUACACUUUCCUCCGGGGGAAAUCAUUUUUUAUUCAUGCAUUUUGCAGCUUUCUCUUUUAUUUUAUUUUUGCAUUUGUGAGCGCUCGCCAUGGCAGUUCAGUUCACAUCCGGGCCACAUUGCCUUGACUCCAUUAUUGUCUAAAACUGGCGGAGAGGUUGAUAAACCUUGUUAUUUUUAUUUUAUUUUUUUACAGUUAAUUUAUUUUUUAUUACGUGAAGUGAAGGCUGGAACAAAGAGGACAUGUCUAACCAAGGAGUCCGGCGGAAUGGCCCUGUGAAGCUGCGACUAACAGUCCUCUGCGCCAAAAACCUGGUGAAGAAGGACUUCUUCCGAUCUCAUUUUGGAAUCAAAGUACAGGACAAACUGUGCCUCCCGGAUCCCUUCGCUAAGGUAGUUGUGGACGGCUCGGGGCAAUGCCACUCCACGGACACCGUGAGGAACACGCUCGACCCCAAGUGGAAUCAGCACUACGACCUAUACAUCGGGAAAUCAGAUUCCAUCACCAUCAGCGUCUGGAACCACAAGAAGAUCCACAAGAAGCAAGGAGCCGGGUUCCUGGGCUGCGUCCGCCUUCUGUCCAACGCCAUCAACCGCCUUAAAGACACGGGCUGUAAGUACCAGAGACUAGACCUGAACAAGCUGAGUCCCAGCGACAGCGACACGGUCAGAGGACAGAUAGUGGUCAGCCUGCAGUCCAGGGACCGGAUCGGCACCGGCGGCCCCGUGGUGGACUGCAGCCGGCUGUUUGACAACGAUCUCCCAGACGGCUGGGAGGAGAGGAGGACGGCGUCGGGGAGGAUCCAGUAUCUGAACCACAUCACACGCACCACGCAGUGGGAGAGGCCGACCAGGCCGGCCUCAGAGUACUCCAGCCCCGGCCGUCCUCUCAGCUGCAUCGUGGAUGAAAACACGCCGGUCAGCACCAACGGGGCGACGCCCACCACGGUACCGCCACCGAUCAACGGGGAACAGCGAGCCCAGGAGAGACGGGUCCGCUCACAGAGGCACCGCAACUACAUGAGCAGAACCCACCUGCACACGCCCCCUGACCUCCCCGAGGGAUACGAGCAGAGGACGACGCAGCAGGGUCAGGUCUACUUCCUGCACACGCAGACCGGCGUCAGCACGUGGCACGACCCCAGAGUCCCACGAGACCUGAGUAAUGUGAACUGUGAGGAGCUGGGUCCUCUUCCUCCUGGAUGGGAGAUACGCAACACAGCCACCGGGAGGGUCUACUUUGUCGACCACAACAACCGAACCACGCAGUUCACAGACCCGCGCCUCUCCGCCAACCUGCAUCUAGUCCUAAAUCCUAGCCCAAGCCCCAACGGCUCUCGAGGGGGCAUCGAGAGUCAGAAUGUCAGUCGUCAGAACCAGCUGAAGGAUCAGGCCCAGCAGGCUCUGGUGUCGCCCGCUCAGCUGCCGGAGGAGGCCGAGUGCCUCACGGUGCCGAAGUACAAGAGAGACCUGGUCCAGAAGCUGAAGAUCCUGCGUCAGGAGCUGUCCCAGCAGCAGCCUCAGGCCGGGCACUGCCGCAUCGAGGUGUCCCGGGAGGAGAUCUUCGAGGAGUCCUAUCGCCAGGUGAUGAAGAUGAGGCCGAAGGACCUGUGGAAAAGGCUCAUGGUGAAGUUCAGAGGAGAGGAGGGGCUGGAUUAUGGAGGAGUGGCCAGGGAGUGGCUCUACCUGCUGUCUCAUGAGAUGCUGAACCCGUACUACGGCCUGUUCCAGUAUUCCCGCGACGACAUCUACACUCUGCAGAUCAACCCCGACUCUGCCGUCAACCCCGAGCAUCUGUCCUACUUCCACUUCGUGGGGCGGAUCAUGGGCAUGGCGGUGUUCCACGGUCACUACAUCGACGGAGGCUUCACGCUGCCCUUCUACAAACAGCUGCUGGGGAAACCCAUCACUCUGGACGACAUGGAGUCUGUGGACCCUGACCUGCACAACAGCCUGGUGUGGAUCCUGGACAACGACAUCACGGGAGUGCUGGACCACACGUUCUGCGUGGAGCACAACGCGUACGGAGAGAUCAUCCAGCACGAGCUGAAGCCCAGCGGGAAGAGCCUGCCCGUCACGCAGGACACCAAGAAGGAGUACGUGAGGCUCUACGUCAACUGGCGCUUCCUGCGCGGCAUCGAGGCUCAGUUCCUCGCUCUGCAGAAAGGCUUCAACGAGGUGAUCCCUCAGCACCUGCUCAAGGCCUUCGACGAGAAGGAGCUCGAGCUGAUCGUCUGCGGUCUGGGUAAAAUCGACAUCACCGACUGGAGGUCCAACACGCGGCUCAAACACUGCACUCUGGACAGCAACAUCGUGAAGUGGUUCUGGAAAGCCGUGGAGUCGUUCGACGAGGAGAGGAGAGCCCGGCUGCUGCAGUUCGUCACCGGCUCCUCCAGAGUCCCGCUGCAAGGGUUCAAGGCCCUGCAAGGUGCUGCAGGCCCGCGGCUCUUCACCAUCCACCAGAUCGAUGCCAGCCCCAACAACCUGCCCAAAGCCCACACCUGCUUCAACCGGAUUGACAUUCCUCCGUACGAGCUUUACGACAAACUGUACGACAAGCUGCUCACUGCCAUCGAGGAGACGUGUGGCUUCGCUGUGGAGUAGAUCCUGCUGCAGGAGCUCGGAGACGACCAGGAGACCCGAUGAUCCGCCGUGACGCCUCACCCAGGAACGCCUAUCCUUCCCGGGGACACGAGGCCGCGCUGAGGGAGGCGGAGAAGACACCCUGCAGCCUCUUUUAUGUCUUUUUUUAUCAUGAAAAGAAUCUCUUCAGCUGCUAAUAACUCAAGACUAUUUACUAACUCGUGGAACCUGCAAAAAGCUGCUGGCUCUUCCCUUUUUUAUAUUUUACAAACUGUACUCCAUGUAGCAACGCUCCAUCUUUCCAAGCAGAACACAGUCAGUCCGACCUGAAACGACAUUAACUUCACUGUGUGUGUGUGUGUGUGUGUGUGUGUGUGUGUGUGUGUGUGUGUGUGUGUGUGUGUGUGUGUGUGUGUGUGUGUGUGUGUGUGUGUGUGUGUGUGUGUGUGUGUGUGUGUGUGUGUGUGUGUGUGUGUGUGUGUGUGUGUGUGUGUGUGUGUGUGUGUGUGUGUGUGUGUGUGUGUGAGAGAGAGAGAGAGAAAGAACAGGGUUAAUACAGUGGUGCAGGGAAGAUGAAUUUCCGUAGUGGACCCUGAAGGCAGCAUCUCACUGGUUCCUCCACAGCAAGCCAAUGGUAUUUCUCCAUGUGAUUUUGGUUAAAGGAGGCUAAUGUUGGGCUAUAGAGGAACUACAGCACGGUCACAUGACUCACGUCACCACCGCUAAGCUAAAGGAGGCUAAUGUUGGGCUAUAAAGGAACUACAGCACGGUCACAUGACUUCACGUCACCGACCGCUAAGCUAAAGGCGGCUAACGUUGGGCGUGAUGACGUUUAGUCGUCUCAUUUAGACUCUUGUUAGCAGCCGUCAUUUUUAUAUUCACCAGUGGGUUAUUUACUGACAUAUUUCCGGCUCACAACCAAAAACACAUUCAGAAAACCAUUGACUUACAGCCCAGGGAGUGUUAAAAAGCGAACUGAUGUCCAGGUUUGAGGACUCGUUCCUGCACCAAUCCCAUCCUCUUGAUUUCCUGAAUGUUAAGGGUUAAAUCUUUUUCAAAUUCACCCACAGCAUGUGUCCCGACGUGCUUUUGUUUGAAAGGGAACUGAGCGACAUGAAUCCUGUUCCCGCCUGCUACACGAUCCGCCCGGUGACGUCUUUAUCUCCAGAGAGAGAGGGAUUGUUUUCUACGAUUUAAAAAUGAAAGUCUUGAAUGUUUUGAAAAAAAGGAUGCUGCCUGUCUAGCAAUCUCUAAUGACCGUGGACUGUUCUUAACAUUUGCAUACACUUUAAAAAAAGAUGUGUGUGGACGUGUGUAUGCAGAGGGAAGUGUCCUCCGAUGGUGCUUUGUACAGUAAUAAGAUAUUGUUCAUACGUGUGGAUCCGACGACCUGUAAUUUAUCUUUUAACUUAAGUAGAGUAAAAAUGAAAUUGCACACGAGCAGAACGAGGUGUGUUCAACGGCGACUUUUCUAACCCAAUUAGAGUCCACUGCACACGCUUUGUGUUCCUACACUACACACCGACCCGGGUCAGCUUCUUCCAAGAGAGGCCGCUCCUUGUUUUUGUUUUGUUUUAAUAGCAUGAUCCACUAGCAGGACUAUAUCUCUCAUAGCUGACUGAUGCAAUGUAUGUUAACACUAUCAUUUUGUAAGAGUAUUUUAUUUUUGUGUGUAAUUAGUUCUAAUUAAACUUGCCUUUGUCUAACAAUGUAAGGCCUUGUACAAAACAUACUCCCUGUCCUUUCUCCAUGUUCCAGUGGUUGUUUUUAUUAUGUCAUAAAAAGCUUUUUCACCUGAA